UUAGUGGCUUUUCCUUUCAAAACCGACGACCCGGCCGAAAGCAAUUCACCCAGCGCUCCCCUUCUACUUCUCCCCUCCGAAGUCCUCCAUCGCCGGCGGCUGGGAGCUCUUUUGAUCGCUUCCAGGGAAAUUUAAUAGGUUGGUUGGUGAUGGGGAAGGACUCGAAGCCGUCGAGCAAAGGAAAGGGAAAGCAGGCUGCUGCUGGGGGAGAGGAUAGUGCUUCCAAGGGUAAAGGGAAGGGUGGCAAGUCAGGAGAUGGACUUGGUACCUGCACUUAUGUCAAAGCAAGGCAUGUCUUAUGUGAAAAGCAAGGCAAGAUCAAUGAAGCAUACAAGAAGCUGCAGGAUGGUUGGCUGAACAAUGGAGACAAGGUCCCCCCUGCUGAAUUUGCAAAAAUAGCGGCUGAGUACUCCGAAUGCCCAUCAGGAAAGAAAGGUGGAGAUCUCGGGUGGUUUCCUAGGGGGAAAAUGGCUGGUCCUUUUCAAGAAGUCGCAUUUAAUACACCUGUUGGAGCUACCAGUGCACCAUUCAAAUCAACGCAUGGAUAUCAUAUCAUCCUGUGCGAGGGUAGGAAAAAUUAAUCGCAUCUUCAGUCAUGAUCCUCCAGAGUUAUGUUCAGAUAUCACAAUAGCAUUUGUGAAUGGAAAGCUUGUGUUAUUCUCGAAGACUUGGCGGAAAGAUAAGACGAGGCCUAAAUAUGAAUGCUGUGUGCGUUUUUGGAGAGAUUUUCUUGUUAAAUUAUAAGAAAUAUGCUUUGCGAUUAACUCCAUGUUUGGUUGGUAGCUGAGUAAAACUUGAAAUGUAGGUAAUGAAGAGACAUCAUAACGAAUAUUGUGAUGUUUAGUCAGAGACUUAUAUUUGAAUAAAUGCAGAAUGAUUCUGGUCAUGUUCAAAUCA